UUUACAAGAAAUAAUGUGUUUUUUGUCACCAGAAAUUUUGACUACUGAUCCUAAUGUGCAGAAGACCAUUGUUGACAAGCAUAAUGCUGUGAGAGAAUUGGUGCUUCCAACUGCAACAAACAUGGUAAAAAUGGAGUGGAAUACAGAGGCGGCUGCCAAUGCUGAAAAGCGGGCCACAGCUUGCGCCAAGAUUCCUAGUCUCCAAAACGAAAGGACAAUCAGUGAGUGCAGCUGUGGAGAAAAUGUGUUCCAGUCUUCAAAUGAGAGACAAUGGGAUAGUGCAAUUCAGGAAUGGGAAAAUGAAAAACAACAUUUUGAAUUUGGGAAACCCCCAAAAAAUGGUAAAGUUGCUGGGCAUUACACUCAGGUACGUUUCAUCUAUCAUUCUUGAGUCAGAAGAAUAGAA